AUGCUUGGACUUAACGCAACUACCAUCACUAAUAAUAGCAAUGGAUAUGAUAAACAAGAUUGUUUUGCGACAACUAAAUUACAAACACUUCAUAAAAUGUCAUCUAACAAAGUUGCCGCUCAACCAACUCUUGAGCAUUUUUUGGCUAUGAUUUGUGACCUCAAAGUUGAUCCAAAAAUGCGAAGACGUCUUGGAUUACGAUAUACCAAUACACCUGGUUAA